GCUGAUUAAAGGAUUUCCAUGUAAUAUAGAACGUGAUGAACUCUGGUGUUGGUCAUUACAUGGUGACAGGUGAUUUGUCCGUCUCUCCAAUGUCAAUGGUGUCUGGUGUUGGUCUGCUAAACAAGUUCGAUGUCAAGGAUUUUGGUGUGCUUGAGGAGAAGGUUGUUGAACUUGGGAUCAACGAGGGUCUUGAAUUGUUGAAAGCUUCUCUUUUGUCGAAGGAUGCUCUCACUGCUGUUUUCCUUUCAAAGCCGAAUCAAGGAAAGAGAUGGCGAGCCAGAAUAAUCAAAUUAGAGAAAAAGGAGUUGAUGCGUGUUCUUCAAUUUCUAAAUUUACUAUGUCUGUGAGGAAGUAAAUAGAAAAUAAGUUGGAGAACUUUAAUUUUGUUGUUGGACUGCAAUGAUGAUCAUUCAUCUUCCUUUUGAAUAUGCCUGACCAUUUCAUCUGUUUUUCUUUGUUGCUUUAUUAUGCUUGUCUUCUUUCAUUUAUCUUCCACUGUUGCAUUAUUUUGAGUUUUUUGAAAUGAGAAUACGAUGGAAUGAUAGUUUCCCCUCCUC